AUGCACAGUGCAGCCGGCCCAGAGCUCAACGCGUACUUAACUGAAAGGAUGGAUGGAAUAAUUCAGGAUUCUUCCUAUUCACCAAAUGGAGAAAUAAUUGCAUGCGCACUGGACUCAGGGUAUCUUGUAUUUCAUGAUGCAGUUAAGAAUAAAAGGCACUCGCCCGUGCCCACAAUGAAUCAAGGGUCCUUCUUAGUUGACUUUAUAAGCUCAUCUCUAUUAGUACAUACUACAGAGAGUGACUUAAGUGUGCUGAAUUUAGAAAAACAGGAAUAUAUAUCUCUUUUUUCAGGGCACUCUUCAAGAAUAUAUAGCAUUUCAACAUCAUUCAUGUUCAAAAACACAAUAUCUGUAGCAGAGAAUGAGGCGUAUAUUUGGGAUAUUCGGGAGAAGAACCCGCACGCAAAAAUACCCGUGCAAGGUCGCCCACUGAUUAAAUAUUCACCAGAUGGAAGAAUAUUUAUGGCACUAUUUGAGGAGAUGAAAGAAAUGCGUCUAUUUGACGUGCGAUCGUAUAUGGCAGGACCGUACAAAACAAAGAAUAUAGAAAUAGAGGGCUGCACAGACGUCUGCUUUUCUCCUGAUGGGUUUGGGUUUGCUCUGAUUAGAGAGGAUGGCUUCAGCAUUGCAGAUGGACUGAGUGGAGAUAUAACUAUGCACCUUCCAAGUGAAAACAGCACUGCUGGGUGCUUCACCCAGGACAGUAGAUCUUUUAUAUACACAACAGGGUCAAAAGAAAUUUCAAUGGCCACAAUCCCAGAAACAAACAGUGCGCCGAUCUCGUUUGAUGGUGGGGAGUGCUCUAUCAGUGCUCUCCACUAUAAUCCGUGCUUUGAACAAGUGGCUGUUAUACACGGCCAACUGUCCUUCCUACAGAACUCAACUUAGCCCAAAUUGUAUACGAUAAAUUAAAACACCAGCACUUAAAAUAAAAUGCAUGUGCCCACUGUUGAUACACCAGUAUGUGAUUAAGAAAAAUAAAGAUAUAAG